CCUCGCCUUCGCUUGGAGCUCGGCUCGGCUACGGCAGGCGAAGCGUCGUGAGAUUGAAACCCUAAGGAAGGGUCGGGAGCGCGGGAUCGGUCGAGUGAUGUCGGGGCCAGGGCAAGAGGAGGAUAAGAAGCCGGCGGAUCAGUCGGCGCACAUCAAUCUCAAGGUCAAGGGGCAGGAUGGAAAUGAGGUCUUCUUUAGGAUCAAGCGCAGCACUCAGCUGAAGAAGCUCAUGAAUGCCUACUGCGAUCGCCAGUCCGUGGACUUCAAUGCCAUUGCUUUCUUGUUUGACGGCCGUAGACUACGGGGGGAACAGACUCCUGAUGAACUUGAAAUGGAAGAUGGGGAUGAGAUUGAUGCGAUGUUGCACCAAACCGGGGGUGGCCUGCCAAGUGCGUAGACGUCAUCAGUUGUAUUUUGGCCAUGGUAAAGAACCGUGUAAAAGACGACCGGCAGCUACUGAACUUAAUGGCCUGUUCUAAAGUAUGAACUACUAUUUUGGAUGGAUUAACGUUGCGAGGUGUUUACGUUUGUUUUUA